CGGCGCCCGCGGGUCUCGUGACCGCGCGCCCCGCCCGGAGCUUCGCCGUCAUGCAGUCCCCGGCGGUGCUCGUCACCUCCAGGCGAGUUCAGAAUGUCCACACAGGCCUGGACCUAACCGUGCCCCAGCACCAGGAGGUGCGGGGCAAGAUGAUGUCAGGGCAUGUGGAGUACCAGAUCCUGGUGGUAACCCGUCUGGCUGCAUUCAAGUCGGCCAAGCACAGGCCUGAGGAUGUCGUCCAGUUCUUGGUCUCCAGAAAGUACAGUGACAUCGAGGAGUUUUACCAGAAACUCAGCAGUCGUUACCCAGCGGCCAGCCUUCCCCCGCUCCCCAGGAAGGUGCUCUUUGUUGGGGAGUGUGACAUCCGGGAGAGGAGAGCCAUGUUCGAUGAGAUCCUGCGCUGCGUCUCGAAGGAUGCUGAGUUGGCAGGCAGCCCUGAGCUGCUAGAAUUCUUAGGUACCAGAUCCCCCGGGGCUGCGGAUCUCAGCAGCAGAGAUUUCUCUGUCCUGGACACAGACAGCCAAGGGGGGGACGACGGGGAUGCUUUCGACUUCUUCCAGCAGCAGGAUCGAGUGGAGGGUGAGGGUCUCCCCACGCUGGACCAGAAGGGGCAGGAUGCAGGGAAGUCCUCAGAGGACGAGGCAGAGGAGGCCCUGGACCCUCUGGGCAUCAUGCGCUCCAAGAAGCCCAAGAAACGCCCGGAGGAAGUGGCCGUGAAGCCCAAACCCUCGCCCUGUCUCUCCAUCUUUGAUGAGGAGGUGGACCCCGACGAGGGGCUCUUUGGCCCGGGCAGGAAGCCCUCUCCCCGGAGCCCCGCAGAGGACGUGCCCCCCAGGGACUCCCUGAAGCUGUUUGACGAUCCUGACCUCGGCGGAGCCGUCCCCCUGGGUGACCCCUUACUGCUGCCAGCUGCCCACGGGGGUGGAGGACCCACGUCCCGCCCAGGCUGCAGGGAGGCCUCCGAGGAGCUGUUCAGGAAGAGUUACGUGGCGCUGGACAUGCGAUCCCGGGAGGCUGUCACCACCCGCCCUCGUUAGCAACCGCGGGCUGUUAGCCUUCCGAGUGCCCGGCGAGCCCGAGUCACAGCGACGGCUCCCUGCCAUUACAUCUCCCCAUGGCCCCUGGCAGCUGUUCACGCUCAUCCUGCGUCCUCACCGCUGACACCCAGGCAGCAGUACUCCCUGGGAGAAGCUGGGACUGUUGUUAUGUGCUUCGGGGUGACGCUGAGGCCCAGGGAAGCAGGUCAGCCCCGGGGAGCCUCUGCCGUUGCUAGGACUCAGCAUGUCCUAGCGGGGCAGACCCAGUGGGACCUUUGGGCAUCGUUUAUACUAAAUCCAUUACACUGGAACUUUCCAGCCCAUGUUCUGCGGAACGCCGGUCUGGGGGGUCUGAAAGGUGUUACCUUCAAACGCUCUCUGUGGCCAGAUGUCCGGGUUAAGCAGGACUUUCCAAGCCUUUAGUGUGCGGGCACGCGUGGCUCAAGGGCGAUGCGAACGCAGCAUUUCACGUUCCGGUUGGUCCCUGGGACCCUUUCCUUUGUAAGGCCUCCUACAUCCCACAGGGCUCUCUGGCAGUCACUGCCAUAGAGAAUGUGAGUCCUGUGACCCUGCCUUUGCUCUGCCAGACAUCUGGUAAAGAAGGAAUUACCCUCUUGAGAGCAGGAACCGUAUUUUUUUUUUCUUUGUGUGUCCUGGGACUAUGCAGGUGGUAACCGGGCUUCCUUAUGAUAAACUUUCUAAUAUUCAUCCAUCCAGCAGUGCUUUCAUCACCCCUUCAUUCCACCACUGGCAUCUGCCAUCCCAUCCUGAGGCAGCAUGGAGGGGCGCUUGAGCCGGGUUUGGAGGCUGAGAUACCCCCGUUCCCUCUUGCUCUGGGGCCCCAGUUUUGGUCUUUAGUCAAGUUCUGCAGAGACCUGGGGAAGAGGAGUGGCCUCGGUGGUUGACCUCACACCUGCAGGGCCUGGAAGGGAGGGGAGCUGGACCUUGUGUCUGUGCGACCUGUUUUUACCCGUGACUCAGGGAGCCCAGUUGGAAAUAGGGUGCUUGGCAAGAGAUGCUGUGUGGCCACCUGUAUCCCAGGUGUGACUGCCCCACCUUCUGCCUCAGAGCAAAUCCAGCUCCUGAUUCGCUCCAAAGAGUCAUUGCUUUGCCAAGCAGUAUAAAUCCUGAACUCCGACACAAGCUUUUAGCUGCUGCUUUAUUUCCCUAAGGGCCCCUGUUUGAGGAUUUCAGUCCCCCAGAGCUUUUCCUGGGUACCCAGCCUCCAGUGGAGGAUGUAGGACAAGCCAGCACCUGCCCCAGGGGGGCUCAAGGAAGGGCAGCACUUGGAGGGAGCGGGGACACAGCUGAGCUGAACUUGCCAGGAGGAGCCUGUCCCGGGGUGAUGCCUCCUGGGAUUGCCUGGAACUCACUCUUUCAAGGCCUGGCUUGGGCCAGUCCCUCUGGGUCUGGAGGGACACCUUUUGCUCACUUCUCUGCCAUCCGUGGGAGGCUCUGAAUUCUCCCCUUGGGGCCUAUGCCGCAUCACAGGAGGCUGACCGAGGAAGCAGGCAGGGUGACCCACUGCCCCUUCAGUAGCUGCUUCCUGGCAGGCAGCCCUUCCCAGGAAGGGCACCUCCACCCUCAUGUAGACCUCUGCCAGGCCCUGUGGUGCCGGGAGUUGUUCUGGCCAGAGGUGCCUCCCCUCUGCUCCUGCCUUUACUCAGCCGUGCUGCUGUCUGAGCUGGAGCCCGUUCACAGUUAGGGAGACGGAGGACCAGGCAGGUGGGGUGGGCUGAGGCCACUGAAGGAGUAGCAGGAUGAGGGAGGGAACCACACUCCGCCUGCCGCGCUGCGUGUCUCUGUACAAGGGGUUGUAACCCUGUGGGGUGAUGCCGCUGUUGCCAUUUGGCAGAUGGGAAACCAAAGCUUGGAGAGGCCAAGUGGCCUGCGCGAGGCCCCCCGGUCUUCUGCCUGCAGCGCCUCUGCCCUCCUUCCCCUGUCCCCAGCUAGCUGUGGGCCCCAGGCCAGGCCCUUCAUCUUUCUGUGCCCCAGUUUUCACAUCUGUAAAAUGGAGCUAACAUCUGCUACCAGACAGUGUCUUGUGAUUACUCAGUGAAUUAACGGAUGUGGAGAAGGCCGGCCGUGGUAGGUACCCAGCCCAACGUUGAUUGGGUGGGCAGGUCGGGGGAUGGGUUGAAUGGGUCUUUUCGCUGUGCACCUGGUCUGCAGGGGUUGAGUCCUUGCACAAGGAGCUGGCAGCAGGAGCUCCCUCGGGCAGAGGGCAGAGCGGGGCUGCCUCUCUUUCCUGAUGUCCAGGACUUGGGCUGGUCCUGAGUGACCGUCACACUGCUUCGGCCUUCAGUUCCACCAACAGGCCGUCAGGUCCGGGGCGUGGCGGAGUCUUGGUGGGUGAUGGCCGAGGCCGGCUUCAGCCCUCAGGGGGCCGUGUCUAACGAACGCCCGGGUGGCCCACCAGGGGACGCUGUGGGCCGGCAGACUCCACCCCACGAUGGCUUAGAGCCCCUCAUUCAUUCUUUCUCUGGCUGAACUUGGCCUGGAUGAGAGCCCAGCAUCUCAAGUCAGACUUACUGGUUCCAGCUCAGGCCGGCCACAUGCUUUCACCUCAGGCAGGUGGCUCGGCCUCCUAGGACUUGAGCGUCCGCAUCUGCAGGGAGAAGAUUGCGCUGUACCUCCCCAUGGGUUGUUGAGGAUAGCAAAAGGUAAUGGGUCUAAAGUGCGUGGCCCAGAGCAGGAGCUCCGUAUGUGGCAGCUGUUACUGUUAUUUCUUGAAGGGUUGAAGGAGGAGUCACCUAAAGGAGCCAGCUUGUCUGGAGUGGGAUCACCCGAAAAGCAGUCCUGCAGAGGCUGCCAAGGGGCCGGCUCUGCUCGCGCUGGGCUGCGGGGGUGCAGGGAAGGAGAGCCCUGCCCCUCAGUUCCUCCCCGGGGGCGGAUGGGUGGAAGGGCGAGGCUGGGAGGCGGGGGGACCGAGCCCAGUGCCCUGCAGGGGUGCCUGCCUUGGCAGGGGGCACCUUGUCCCUUUUGCAGGAGAUUGUGCUCAGGGCUUCUCCCUCUGGUUCUCUAGAGUCGAAGAGGACUUGGACCAGAUUCUGAACCUGGGGGCUGAGUCCAAACCCCAGCUUCAGCCCCAGCCCCAGCCCAAGCCUCCAGUGGCAGCUAAGCCAGCGCUACUCAGAAAGCCAGCUGUUCCCCCCAGGGCGGGUUCA